UGUAAGCGGUGUUAUUUAGGAAGUGGAUUUUGUAAUAGAUAAUCCAAAAGUGAAUUUAAGUGUCGAUGACGUCCAUAAAUACGUCCGUGCCGUCCCAGAUUUGAAUGCCAGUGUGAGAAAUGAAAGAUCGCGACGCUCUGGAGAGGCGUUCAGCCCGGGCUGACCGGCGUCGUCUCAGCCUUACUUACAGCAGUAAGCGUCGCGACGCCUCAGUUGAUCAGACCUCACUUAGUUCAGACCGAUGUUCGGAUGUGAACAACUCUCUACAUAGUUUAUUUUUAAAGGAUGCCAAUGCGGAAAGGACAGUAAAUAUGGGCAGUAACAAGAUGAAACACGCAAUCGGCGGCAGCAUCCACAGGAUCCGCGAAUUCGAACUGGAAAAAGUAAGCCUGGCCGAUGAAUUCGAUAUUCUGCAAAUCGUGGGCGAAGGUUGGUUCGGAAAGAUCCUGCUAGUCGAGCACAAAGCCACUGAUACGGAGAUGGUAUUGAAAGCGCUUCCGAAGCCGUACACAGCACUGAGGGAUUUUUACAGGGAGUUCCAUUAUGGGUUGCAUCUGGGGGCGCACAAGAACAUCAUCACGACGUACGAUGUUGCGUUCGAAACGGCUGGAUUCUAUGUUUUCUCACAAGAAUACGCGCCGUUGGGCGACCUGACUUCAAACGUACAAGAAACUGGAAUCGGGGAAUUGCACACGAAGAGGGUGGCGAAGCAGCUUGCCGCGGCCUUGGAGCAUCUACACACAAGAGACUUGGUGCAUCGAGAUGUUAAACUGGACAAUAUAUUAGUUUUUAAAUCAGAUUUCUCGCGUAUUAAAUUGUGUGAUUUCGGUGAAACAAGGCGCGUGGGAUGCGUGGUGCCAAGAAGAAACGAGUGGCUGCCGUACGCUCCUCCAGAGGUGCUACAAAUUCAAGCAGACAAAGAUUAUAUGACCGUUACCUCACACGACGUUUGGCAAUUUGGCAUUGUGAUUUUCGUCUGCCUAACAGGAUGCCUUCCAUGGCAGAAAGCAGCUUGCGAUGAUCCACGUUAUACUAGGUACCUCUCAUGGCAUUUGAGCACAAUGAAAAUAGGAAGACAACCGAAGCUUUUCAAGCUUAUAUCCUCGAAAGGUCAAAGAUUGUUUAAGAAAUAUUUAGAACCCAGACCUGAGAAGCGCCCUGCCGGAUUAGCCGAACUCUACCGCUUCAUGGACGACAGGUGGCUUUCUAAAAUAGGUAUAGAAAAGAACAACGAAGUCCCCGCCGAAGAAGAGGGUCUAUGUCCUUCCAUGUACAGCUUCCACAGUAGUCCCGCGGAAAAAAAUAAGUUGCUAUUCUCUUUAACGCAAUAUGGAUUGGAAACAACAGUGGACAGAGCUGCGAAAAAGGAUAGAAUACGAGACUGGAUCCAAAACAGUGUCAUCGAGGAAGAAGACGAGGAUGUUGAGGAUUACGAAGACACUGACGACGAUAUUAGAAUCAAAGAUCACCAGACAGGUCCAGCAGGAGAAAGGAUUCACAACCGAGGACCGAUAACAGACAGACGAAUUAGCAAUGGACACGCAACAAUUGAGCGACGGAUCAGCAGAAGAAACUCUAUUCGCAAAGUCCCUGAAGUGUAUUCCCCUCCAAUAGAUCCUAGGAUACCCCUAGAACAGCAAAAGGAUAAACUGAUUGAAGCCAAAGCAACAACGAAGACAACAACAAAAACGAUGAUGAAACAAGCAAAUUCCCUCGAUGAAUCAGACGGCACUUCCAGCCUAUACACCUCCAACGAAUCAUCAGCUUCGCAAACAACAAUAAACUUUGAUCAUUUUGGCAUCAAGAACGCCCUUCCAUUCCAAACAAUCAAAUUGCAAUCAUCUGUAAGCACGGAGAGCGACUCUUCCACAAAGCAUAGAAUCAAUAUCCAGGUCCCUCAAUCGCAAUACACCAUCGCCCUGAACGGUAAAGCGCCUCCAAUUGCACCCAAACGCACGGUAAGAGAGGACAAGCGCUUCGGAGCUUAUGGAAACUUCGGCAGUAAAAGCUCGUCCAGUAAUAGCAACAAUUCCAAGAAAUGAAACAACAGGUGAAAACCUGAAUGGAAUCGUCUGAGAUUUUUGGCACGAACCGAGAUGAGCGUGAACCCUGCCAGAACUUUAAUAAAAUAAUACAGAACUGAUAUGGAAAACGCAAAACAAAUAACUUUGCCACGGCAAAACAAAACACCUUACGCAAUCCAAAUUCCGAUUCUAGACAUUAACAUACAUAUAUU